UGCACGGGAUUAACAGCGCGACACUUUUGGCCCGAGCAGGAACACUUAUAUAAACGUUGGCAGGAGACCAGCCGCAGGUCGACACACCUGCACCUGUAAGACACCCGUGUGGGAUGACUCGCUCGUGACGCGUGUGUGGGACGUUUGAAGACGUGCGAUCGCCGACUCGAGUGCGUUCAGGGCUUUUACGCGCAAGAGUGGAAACAAAUGAACGGCCAGAGCGAGAGAGAUUCACCCCGUCACCUGCUCGGGUUUUUGUGAAUGACGGUCUAGAGGCAGUCGAUUUGUGUCCCUCUGUCCGCCGGGGUGAGGUUUGCCUUGUGCAGUGGCUGCGAGGCAGACGUGCCAGCCCUCCACCCUCCUCCCUCCUCCCGGCUCGUCUCGGCUCCAAAACCAACGCACCCGCUGCGCGCCAAUGGGAAGGUGGGACGGCAGGUAGGCGUCCGCGAACUGCGCCUCGCGGAUCAGUCGGUGCUUCUGUUUAUUUCCCCCCCUCCCGCCUCGGAGAAUCAAGUGGACCGAGCAGAGCAUGAGCUCUCCUGGAAGUGAGACCCGAGGCUGAACUUCGCUCAGGGCUUUCCCAAGUGCCUUGAACGGUUUCUUUUGAGAGUUGACGAGCUGGGUCUUUUUGUCCCCCCCCCCCCCCCCCCCGACAUUCGGGAAACACCACCGAGAGCUGCUUCAAUGUUUUCUGAUUAAUUCAUUGGAGGUUCAUUAUCGGAAGAACCACGCAGUAGUGAUAUCAGGAGCGAGGACGUCUUCAUCUGGAUGCCAUGUUGAAGCUGCCACAUUGGCUCCUCCAUUAAGCUCGGCUCCUCCUGGGAUUAAAGACGCACCGAGACACAGCUGAUCCAAAGAGGUCAGACGCUCUCUGACCCACAUCCUCUGCAGGGGGACAUGGAGGUCCUGCGGAGGUCUUCUGUGUUUGCCGCGGAGGUCCUGGAUGUGUUCGACCGGUCGUUGAAUGAGAAGGAGCUAGUGUCCCAGUCCAAAGUCUUGUGCAGAGACUACAUCCUGUCCAGACUCAACCAGCACGGACUGGGAUGGUCCAAAUCUGAGCUCAACCUCUCUCCCGCAAGUGUGGCACUCACUGAGGUGUCCUUGGUGCUGCUCUGUCUUGGCGAUGAGCUGGAGUGCAUUCAGCCCUCUUUGUACAGGAACGUGGCGCGGCAGCUGAAUAUCUCUGUUGCCAUGGAGAACAUGGUUUCGGAUGCCUUCAUCGGUGUGGCAACAGAGAUCUUUGCAACAGGUAUAACCUGGGGUAAGGUGGUGUCCAUGUAUGCAGUAGCUGGAGCCCUGGCAGUGGACUGUGUCAGACAAGGACGUGCGACCAACGUUCACAUCUUAGUGGACAGUCUGGGACAGUUUGUCCGCAAGUUCCUGGUUCCCUGGCUGAAGAGACGUGGAGGAUGGACCGAGAUCACAAAAUGUGUGGUAAAGAAGGAUCUCACACCGGAGCAGCCUUGGCUGACCUCCGUCAUAGAGUCCCUGAAAUACUUCCUCACCACGAUGUACGUCUACAUCAUGAAGGAGCCUUGAGCAGCCCAGACAGAGCACAGGAGGAGCCGCUGCGAAACAACAAGAUCUCGGACUUGUCAAUAAAAACUUGGAGUGGAGAUGGUGACUGUGCUUGUUGAUGGGACUCUUUUGCCUGCAGGUACCAGUCUGUUGCUGAAGGGCCAUCAGUAAAUGUUUCAUCAGCGCCGCGUUUGAUUUAUCUCGGGGUGUGUAGGUGAUUACCCUUCAUCCAUAGGAGUGGUCACUGUGAUGUAUCAGAGCACGAGUGUGUCUCCCUCCACCUCCUCUGUAUAUUUUCACACUGCUUUCACCAGUGCAGUUAACCAGGAUCCUCCAGUUUUGUAGCUGUGAUGUGUGAUGGUGUUCAGAGUGCAUGUGACCUGUCGGAUGCCGUUCAUACUCCCGAGGUAACCAGUUGGAUGUUUUGAUGUAAUGUAUGUUUGUCUCGGGAUGUACACCUAGAAGAGUGAUGAAAGGGUGGGAGGGGUUUUGGAAAGCGAUGCUCAGCUGGCUGGGUCUGAGUUUUCUGGAGUCUGGAAAGGACUCGUAGACAUCAAAUGUUGAAGCAAAGGUGUUUCACUCAGAAGGGGAAUAUCAGCUGCUUACAUUUCAUGGGUUUAAUCUACACUUGUCAGUGUUUCUUUCCGAAUAUAACCACAAAUGUUUUGACCUAUUAAACUUUCUGCUGCAAUUUUAGACACGACUCUUCAAGAAAUGUCCGUUUCCAUCCAAAGAACAGAGGCAUGAUACAAACUGAAUGCACAUUUUUGGCAGGUAUUCUUUCCUUUUGUGUAAAGUUUAUUUAUGAUUUUAUAUUGAUUAUGCCCAAUGCAGUAUAAAGAGCCGAUGCCACAGCACUUUUGGAAGAUUGUCACUUUCACUGUUAAUUUAUUUGGUGUGUAUUAGAAUUAUUUUUAAAAAGCCACAAUAAAUUUAUAUCUUCAAAUAUGGA